AGAUCUCUAUUCCUCGCGGUACCGUGGCUCCCUGACCUCGAUUCCAUCGCCAGGACUGGAGGUUUGCAGCGGGCCAUCGCGACGGCACUCCUGGAGAGCAACUGCUGCGUCCUUCGACACGUGGAGAGUUCCCGCGGCCACGUCCACACCGAGACCGACCUGGUCCUCCAUGCCGUCGUCGCCUACUCACGUGCACCCUUCCGCGACCUCCUCUAAGGCUUCCAAAAACGUGCCGAAGAGAACGCGAUCGAAGGUCACCUUUCAAGAAUGCCCAAUGACACGGGGCAGUCUACCGAACCUACGUUCGGAUUUGGUCGGGGGUGACAACAGUGGCGAUUCGACCGAGUCGUUGAUCGACGAGGCGGAGGAUUAUUUGCGACGGAGCAUCGAUUCGAUGCUGACGGUCUCCAGUACCGGUGUCAGCUCGGAUUAUUGGAACAAGCAAACGGCUAGACGGAGACGUGCACGACGUUACUCCGAGCCUGAUCUCAUCCGUGACUGGCAUCCACCGCAGGAUGCCAGACCGUACCUGCCAAAGAUACCGAGGGAUCUCAAACUGAAUCACCUUGUGAAGGUUAUAUCGCCGGAAGGGAGAGUUCUUCAAGGACGUGUCAGAUACGUGGGACCUGUACCAGGUCGCGCAGAAGCCCACGUUGGCGUGGAGUUGCCUUACUUGAAUGGCUCCUCCGAUGGUACAUUCCAUGGUAGAAGAUUCUUCGAUUGCUGUGUCAAGUCGAUGACUAUCGCCAGGCAGACUUUGUUACUUCACUGGUACAAUAACGAGGUCUUUUAUCGAACGCGUGUCGGUCGCGUUUUCGCAGUUAGCAGUUCUCAUUAA